UCCGCCUAAAACAUUAUAAAUCCAUAAAAUUCAAUUUUGUGACGAGAAUUUCAUAAAUUUAUGAAUUCGAAUUUGAAAACUUAGUUAUGGAGUCUAAAAAAUAAAUUAUCAAAGACAAAAAAGAGAGCGAGUGGGUACUAGGCUUUUUCGUUGAACUGCUACGUGGAGGUUGCAUAGCAAUAGUAAUUCGUGACUUAAUAUCUUUCGUUGCCUCGCUUUUUAACAACUCGAUUUAGCCACCAAUUGUUUGAUAAAACACCUUCAUUCACGGGUUGACCUUUUUUUUUCUCCAGGCUUUCUCUAUCUCUGUCGUACUUUAUGACGCACUCUUAACGAAGGCCAGACCGAUGAUAAGCGUCAGAUCAAAUUCUUCUUCUUUUAUUUCCUUACUCUUUUUCCUUUCGUUCUCAUUUCUUCCCCUCUUUUCGUGAUUUUUGAACCAUUCUUUGCCUUUUUUUAGUUUGUUUUUUUUCAUUUACCUUUCUCUUGAAUCUUUUAUAAUCUCUUAUAAGAAAUUUUUAUUUUACAAUAAAGAUCGGAUAAUAUCCUUAAUAAAAUAAAAAAAAAAUUGUCUUAAAAUAAACAGCUGUUGCUUGGAAAGGAGUCGGAAGAUAACUUUAUAAAGUAGUUAGAUGUACGUGGAAGUUCAACAUGGUAAAAAAUUAGAAUCUUUUAGAUUCCAAUCUUCUUACAAAAGUAAGAAUCCAUUUCAGGCCUAAAUUGUCCUUUUAUAACACAACACUGAAGGAAAUGAAAAGCGUUUGGUAAGUCAAAAAUCAUAAAAUUUGCAAUUAAUCGCUGAAAUUUGCUUUUAUAAAUAAUUUUAGCAAAUUAGUUCUUGUCGAUUCUAACUUCUAAAGAUAAUUCAUGUGUAUUAUUUUUAAUAUAUUUAUUGUCAUAUAUCAUUACCAUUUAUAAGAUUAAAUUGUGAAAAUUAUAUUUUUAACUAAUAAUUAAAAUUAUAUUAAAAAAUAAUUAAAGGGUGUCCAAUCUAUCUUUAAUAUACACUUUUUAACAGAUAGGUUAAUUUAAAUUUUACGGGAUGUAGACAUUGACGUUGACACAAAAGUCGGUUUAAUUUUAUGAUUUCCAUAUUUUUAGGUACCAAGAAGUUUUUUUUCUAGAUCCGCUUUCCGUUAUGUUCCAGUUGAUUUUAUGGAAAAUAUGACUUUCUCUAAUUACCCUUCUCCCGUGAACUGUAAAUUUGGUAAUACUUUCUGUUAUGGUAAGCGCUAGUCUACUGCUAUUGUUUCCUACUCUCAAGAUGGCGCUAGUCUGUGGGAAAUGUCGCUCUAAAAAAAAAAAAAGAGAUUAACACAAGAGUUUUUUUUUUUUUUUUUUUUUAAUUCUGUGCAAAACCAUCUGCUUUAUACAUAUAUAAAACUGCCCCGACUUCCUCAGAGUUCACCCAAAUCAUUGAUUUCUUUAUCAGAAUUAUAUUUCUUUUCUUUUUCAUUCACUUUUUAUUAAGUUACUUCACUCCGGAAAGUGUGAUCAUGGCGAAUCCUAAGCUCAGUCGAAUGCCAAGCAUCAGAGAGCGCGUGGAAGACACGCUUUCGGCUCAUCGUAACGAGCUCGUCUCUCUUCUCUCCAGGUACGUGGCGCAGGGAAAAGGAAUAUUGCUAUCGCAUACGUUGAUCGAUGAGCUGGAUAAUAUUAUAGGCGACGAAGAAGCUAGGCAGAGGCUUACUGAUGGUCCCUUUGGCGAAGUCCUUAAAUCUGCGCAGGAGGCUAUAGUUCUACCUCCGUACGUGGCCAUGGCAGUUCGUCCAAGACCUGGUGUUUGGGAAUAUGUCCGAGUCAAUGUCCAUGAACUCAGCGUGGAGCAACUGAGUGUUCCCGAAUAUCUUCAAUUCAAAGAAGCACUUGCGGAUGGGGAGGAUAACAAACAUUUUGUGCUGGAGCUUGAUUUUGAGCCAUUCAAUGCAUCCUUUCCUCGGCCCAACCGAUCUUCAUCCAUUGGCAAUGGUGUUCAAUUCCUCAACCGUCACCUUUCUUCAAACAUGUUCCGUAACAAGGAUAGUUUGGAGCCAUUACUUGAUUUCCUCAGAGCUCACAAAUAUAAAGGACAUGCAUUGAUGUUGAAUGAUCGGAUACAAAGUGUACCCCGACUUCAAGCUGCUCUGGCUAAGGCAGAAAAUCAUCUCUCUAGGCUUCCACCUGAUGCAUCCUAUUCUGAGUUUGAAUAUGUAUUACAAGGAAUGGGUUUUGAGAGAGGUUGGGGAGACACUGCAGUACAUGUUCUGGAGAUGAUGCAUCUUCUCUUGGACAUCCUUCAGGCUCCUGAUCCCUCUACAUUAGAGACAUUCCUUGGGAGAGUACCAAUGGUGUUUAAUGUUGUCAUUCUGUCUCCGCAUGGAUACUUUGGGCAAGCAAAUGUUUUAGGAUUGCCUGACACAGGUGGGCAGGUUGUUUAUAUAUUGGACCAAGUGCGUGCCUUAGAGAAUGAAAUGCUUCUUAGAAUAAAGAGGCAAGGACUUGAUAUUACUCCCAGAAUUCUUAUUGUGACCAGGUUAAUACCUGAUGCAAUAGGAACCACUUGCAACCAGAGGCUGGAAAGAGUCAGUGGGACAGAACAUACUCAUAUUCUCCGAGUUCCUUUUAGAUCAAAAAAUGGAAUUCUUCAUAAAUGGAUAUCAAGAUUUGAUUUAUGGCCUUAUCUGGAGACUUAUGCUGAGGAUGUAGCAAGUGAAAUUGCAGCAGAGAUGCAGGGUAUUCCAGAUUUUAUCAUAGGGAACUACAGUGAUGGAAACCUUGUUGCAUCUUUGUUGGCUCAUAAAAUGGGUGUUACACAGUGCACCAUUGCGCUUGCAUUGGAGAAAACCAAAUAUCCAGAUUCAGAUAUAUAUUGGAAAAAGUUUGAAGAGAAAUAUCACUUCUCUUGUCAGUUCACUGCUGACUUGAUAGCCGUGAAUAAUGCAGAUUUUAUUAUCACCAGCACAUACCAAGAGAUAGCAGGAACGAAGAAUACUGUUGGUCAGUAUGAGAGCCACACUGCUUUUACUAUUCCAGGGCUGUAUCGAGUGGUUCAUGGCAUUGAUGUUUUUGAUCCAAAGUUCAAUAUUGUUUCUCCAGGGGCAGAUAUGUGCAUUUAUUUCCCAUACUCUGAUAAGGAAAAUAGACUUACGGCUCUCCAUGGCUCAAUAGAAGAAUUUUGGUAUGACCCUGAACAGAAUGAUGAACACAUUGGUACUUUGAGUGAUCAGUCGAAGCCCAUAAUCUUUUCCAUGGCAAGGCUGGCGAGUAAAAACAUGACUGGAUUGGUAGAGUGCUAUGGUAAAAAUACCAAGCUGAGGGAAUUGGCAAACCUUGUUGUUGUUGCUGGUUACAUUGAUGUAACUAAGUCCAAAGACAGAGAAGAGAUACAAGAAAUUGAAAAGAUGCAUGGCCUUUUGAAAACGUAUAAAUUGGAUGGUCAAUUUCGUUGGAUUGCAGCCCAGACAAAUCGAGCUCGCAAUGGUGAGCUCUAUCGCUACAUAGCUGACACAAAAGGUAUUUUUGUACAGCCUGCCUUCUAUGAAGCCUUUGGACUUACAGUGGUGGAAGCCAUGACUUGUGGCCUUCCAACGUUUGCCACAUGCCAUGGUGGUCCCGCAGAGAUUAUUGAACAUGGUAUAUCAGGAUUCCAUAUUGAUCCAUAUCACCCGGAUCAGACUGGUCAACUCCUUGCAGAUUUUUUUCAACGUUGCAAGGAGGAUCCAAGCCAAUGGACUAAAAUAUCUGAUGGCGGGCUCAAGAGAAUUUAUGAAAGGUAUACGUGGAAGAUUUAUUCUGAAAGGCUGAUGACAUUGGCCGGGGUAUAUGGUUUCUGGAAGUAUGUAAAACUUGAGAGACGUGAGACCAGAAGAUAUCUUGAAAUGUUCUACAUCCUCAAGUUUCUUGAUUUGGUAAAGUCUGUUCCUUUGGCCAGUGAUGAUUAAAGCUUAAUCCCUUGCUGCUUCAGAAUCUGGGUAACCCAUGCAACAGUGACUUCACACAAUAAUGAUAGCAUAUCUAUAUAUAUAUAUAUAUAUAUAUAUAUAUCAAGGAUGAAGAAUGUACAUAAAUAUGUGCGAGUCUUCCUGCCUAUGACGCUUUUGUGUUUAACUUUGACUUAUGUUGGAAGUAAAAUCAUGUUUCAACCUGUAGUAAAAUAAAUUAGAAUAUAUUGGCUUGGUCUGCCUGCCCCUAGAAAUCUUCUUGAUGAUACGUAUUUCAAGCUAACAAUACCGGCCGAGGUUU